AUGGUGUAUGAGAAAAAUGCCUUGGAGACAGCGCCCCAUCCACCACCUCAUGCUCCGCCACAACCUCCGACUCACGGAAACAAAGAUCGCAAGGAUCCUCAUGCUGGUCGCACUUUAGAGCUGAAUGGACAUGUUGGAUUGGAUGCCCUACCACAUCAACUGGUCAAGAAAGCUGUCGAAGCAGGAUUCCAGUUCAAUUUGAUGUGUGUGGGUGAAACUGGAAUGGGAAAAACGACCUUGAUUGAAUCGCUUUUCAACAUGAAGCUCGAUUUGGAGCCAUGCAGCCAUGAACUGAAAACUGUUGAACUGCGCACAAGGUCGUAUGAAGUCGCUGAAGGAGGUAUUCGUGUAAAGCUCAGAUUGGUUGAGACAGCUGGGUUCGGAGACCAACUUGAUAAAGAUCAG